UUGAAACCCUGAUUUUCACGAGCAGAGGCUCUGUGUCAGAUCCUCGCGCGCUGGCGAUCGCGGCGGAUUGUCGAUACCACGGGCGCAAUCGCCAGAUCGUGGCAAGCAUUCCUAGGUGAGCACGGAUUGGUAGGGUUUCGAGGCGCGUAUUGGCGCAAUCUGGAAAUGUUUGCCGUGGCUCUGGAUCGAGCAGGAUGAUCGUCAGAUAACAGCGGCCGGAUUCUAGCUAGAUCGCUCCUGCGAUGCGGGAAUCUCGAGAAUUGGCAGCUUCUACGCGCAUUGGUUGGCGCUGGUCUUAGGAAGGGGGCCAUGGCGGAGGAGGAUCGCAGCGAUCGGCAAUCUCUCCUUCAGCCAUUUACUCCAGAUGUCGGGGAGGGCGCCCCCGGCGAUCUUCCGCGCAAGAGGGUCAGCUUCAAAGAUCAGGACGUGGAGAGGACGUCUCUCGUCCAUUUCGGGCAGGACGAGAUCGUUUCCAGCGAGAGUGAUGCCGAGGCAUUGCUUCAGCCGGCAUCAAGCUCGUCGGAUCCAGCGGCCCAGUUUGACGUGGAGGCUCAGCAACCGGUUGUUACAAAGGAGAGGAUCAGUAUCAAAGACAAGGACAUCGAAGCUAGGCGAUCGGUGGCGCUGGAAAGAGCUCGCAGCUUUCAGGCCAGACUGAGUAGCGGGCCUGUUUUGUUGCGGCGCAGCUCCAUGGCUCACGUCCGCGAGAGAGUGAGAGAAGUUCCUCCGGAAUGGGCGUUGCUUCUCAUGGGAUGCUUUCUCGGGUUUUCGACUGGUCUGGCAGUAGUACUAUUCGUUAGGACGGAGCAUUUGAUACACGAUUUUGCUUGGGCCGGCACGCCAGAAGAAGGUGCCGCAUGGCUUCGAGAGCAAAAGCUUGCAGACACUUGGCAUCGACUGAUGCUGGUUCCUGUGUCUGGGGGGAUCGUUGUCGGCGUCAUGCACACGUUGUUAAGUAUACUUGACCAAGUUAAGGCAUCCAGGACACAGGAGAGACGAGGGAAGGUAGACUACUUGGCGGCCUCGGUGCCAGCGAUCAAAGCCAUGCAAGCGGCUGUGACGCUGGGAACAGGAAACUCUCUCGGACCCGAAGGACCGAGUGUGGAUAUCGGCAAGGCUUGUGCGCACGGGUGCUCGGAGCUGAUGAAAAACAACAGGGAAAGACGUAUAGCACUCGUAGCAGCCGGUGCUGCGGCGGGUAUAGCUGCAGGUUUUAAUGCUCCCGUUUCUGGGUGUUUUUUUGCGAUUGAAACGGUCUUGAGACCCUUGCAUGCCGAGAAUUCUCCACCCCUUACAACCGCAAUGAUCAUCCUGGCUUCGGUCAUCUCUUCUACAGUAUCACAAGUUUUAAAUGGAGAGAAGAGUGCAUUUACAGUGCCGACUUACGAAUUGCGAUCAGCGGCUGAGCUUCCACUCUAUCUAAUGCUUGGAAUGCUCUGCGGCGUUGUUAGCGUCAUCUUCACCAGGCUGGUUGCAUUUUUUACAGGCAUGUUUGAAUUCGUAAAAGAGCGCGUUGGUAUUCCACUUUCUGUUACUCCGGCCAUGGGGGGUCUUGGCAUCGGCCUGCUUGCGUUGGCUUAUCCGGGAGUGCUGUAUUGGGGAUUCACAAACGUGAACGAGAUCAUGCACUCCGGUAAAGACGCAUCAGCUCCAGGAACUUCACUUUUGACACAGCUAGUCAUUGCUAAGGUCGUCUCAACAGCGUUUUCAAAAGGCUCUGCUCUGGUGGGAGGUGUGUAUGCUCCAAGCCUAUUUAUCGGUUCUGCGCUUGGCUCGGUUUACGGAUCUAUCAUGGGUACUAUUAUAAACGCGGCAAUACCUAAUGCUGUAGCUCAUCCGCAAGCUUAUGCUUUGGUAGGAAUGGCAGCAAUGCUAGCAGCUGUUUGCUCCGUUCCUUUGACGUCGGUUCUUUUGCUUUUCGAGCUUACCAAGGACUACCAUAUUCUACUUCCUCUUCUGGGAGCAGUAGGCCUGGCAUUUUGGGUUGCUUCUGUUGCGAAGCAAAAGCAAAUUAUUGGAAUAGCAGAAGAUCUCGAAAUGCAGCCUAGCAUACGCCGGAAAGUCUGGCGGAGGAAAGGCGAGACAGACGAAGUAGAGCUUUGCACUGUGGAGGGCUACAUUGCAGAAGAUGAGAUCCCAGAGGAUGAGCUUUUGGACGAAAUUAAGGUUGCGCAGGCAAUGACGAAAACUUACGUCAAAGUCCAAGCAACGGCAACGGUGAAAGAAGCCGUGGCUGCUAUGCUCAGUGUACAACAACGCUGUGUCAUCGUCGUGGAUGACAAUGAGCUCCUCGAAGGGAUCAUGACUCUAGCUGACUUACACAAGGAAGUGAUAAGAGCGGCUAUGGCCACAUCCCGGGGAGACGUGACCGUCCUAGAGGUGGAUAGCAUGCUAGUUGCGGCAAUCUGCACGGGCCAAGGCCGGACACUUGGAGACGAUAACGAGUUACUGAUUUGCUACCCUGACAUGACCUUGAAGAUGGCGCAGCAGCUCAUGGAGCAGAAGCGAUUUCAUCAGCUGCCGGUUGUUUCCAGAGCUGGGCAGCAAUGGCAAGAACGGGGCAGGAAGGUCGUUGGCCUUUUCUACGUUGACACGAUCUCAGCCACUGUGAGAGCUGAGGCGCGGAAGAGGAUCAUGGCUUUGCAUGCGUUGAGACAACCAAAAGAAGACGAAAAGGACGACGUGUUUGGCCACGGACAUUAAAAUUGCGGGGGUACGUUGUAUACUUGUAGAUACGCGAGUUGAUUGAUUCGGGGUGAGCUGUGAUAUUGGCUUAUACCUCGCGAGAAAUUUUCAAAAGGUUUUAAACACAUUUGAGCAGGUGGAAACGAA